UGCCUAAGUAGAGGAUUUCUUCGGACUUUAUUYAUACGGUUUGAUGGCAAAAAUCUGAAAGGAUUUAUUGAAAAUGYCCGCCUUAAAGGUGGAUUUCUUUCGGUAAGGUUAUUGGGAUAACUCAAGUGAUUGUCUAAAACGUAAAGUGCUUUUCGAGGUCGCCGGUAUGGCUCCUUCAACGAGACAGCCAAUUUCAAGGCGUCGUUUCAACGAGUUCAGAUUACGGUAAACCUGUGGCAUGAAUGCUGUUUGCACGAGCUAGGUCAUGGCACACUCACAUUAUGACAAGUCAGAUGGGAUCCAAUUAUUGAAUUGUCGUAUCUAUGCGGAUUAUUAGGAAAGUAAUGUAAAAUGGUGAAAGACGGGUUUGGAAACUGUUGACAUCAUGGAAGGUAAUUUGCAUUCAAUAGAAACUGCAGCGCCACACAACAUUCGCGCGUCGAGACAAUCUCUACUGAGACACCGCGGUUAUCAUGUUACAUCAUUUUUCGCCUUUUAACCUUGCAUUAUCGUUAAUGGUUAURCAUCGAUACCUAUAGGGCCUGUCACAAGGACCGGCUGCCGUCGAAGAAGCCCCGAAAGCUUUGAACUUCAAUCUAUUCUUAGAGGUUUCUGGAACUUUCAGUCUUUGAGAGAAUUCAAUAGCAGCAAAGAAACCAUCAAGCUCAUUAAAACCUAUGAAAAGAGUAUAAUACUGGCGUGGGGACUAAUUUGGAAGGAUUGUCGGUCAUUUAUGUGCUGAAUAACCGGCUUUCUUAGACACAAAAGACUUUUUUUCGAGCCUACUUCAUAUAUCAUGGACAACAGCAGCAGCAGAGUGACCAAUUCCACAGCGACCUUAUCAGGACAGGCCCUUGCUGUGGUUGCUAUGACAGCUGCAUAUUCAAUCAUCUUUGUUGUUGCGCUGCUUGGCAAUGCUUUGGUGAUUUACGUGGUCGCUUCUCGUUCGUACAUGAAAUCUACGUUUAACUUUUUGAUCGUCAACAUGGCGAUCGCGGAUCUUCUCGUUAGUGUUCUUAUCAUGCCGAUACAGGUGAAGUUUUUAUAUGCUGGUCAAAAAUGGAUCAAUGGUGGUUUCGGCGUGGUUUCUUGUAAAUGGGUAAACUUCUCAGGAACCCUUUCCAUUGCGGCGUCAAUCAUUGCACUAGUAGCCAUAUCRUUGGACCGUUAUUUUGCUAUCAUMCACCCCUUCAAACACUUACCAGUCAUACGCAACACCAAGAUCAUAACAUCAUUGAUAUGGAGUUUCUCCGCGCUCUUCAUGUUUCCUUACCUCCUGAUCUUUGACGUCGCUAAAGCAAAUGACGGGCAAGGUUGGGACUGUCGAAUGGUAUGGGACAUUAUUUCUACAUCACCUACCAAGCAAUUUGAAUUUGCGCGUAGUUUCUUCAUGUUUACUUUGAUUGGACUUUACGCGGUACCAUUAGUACUGAUCGCGUCCUUGUAUAUUAGGAUUGGGAAAAAACUUUCAUCGCGUAAGAUUCCUGGACAUUCAACGGCUAAAAGCAUACARAAAGCUCAGACAUCAAAGCGGAAGGUCCUGCGCAUGCUCACGAUAGUAGUCAUGGUAUUUGCACUUUGUUGGCUUCCGGCGCAUUUAAUGCACCUGGUGAUAUAUUACAACACUCCUUUGUUCUGGCGACUGCUUGCCACUGCUCCUUACGUGGAGAAUGUUGCGUUCUUCUUGUGUCACGCAAACAGCGCUAUCAACCCUUGUCUGUAUGUCACGCUCAACGAAAAGUACAAACGCGAGUUUUUUAAUCUGUUGAGUUUUUGUUUUCCUGGGUUGAAAAAAAGAGGGAAGAGAAUGACGAUGACCACGAUGGCUAUUAGCGAGAUACAUCAUGAUAACUCCUAGAGUGUAUGACAGUACGAAGAACCUGUGCUGGACACAUGAUCAGUUAUAGAAGUACUGAAGAUGACCACGAUGGCUAUUAGCGAGAUACAUCAUGAUAACUCCUAGAGUGUAUAACAGUACGAAGAACCUGUGCUGGACACAUGAUCAGUUAUAGACGUACUGACGAUGACCUCGAUGGAUAGCGAGAUGCAUCAUGAUGACUACUGGGGUGUUUGACAUAGCACGAAGGUACCUAUGCUGGACAUAUGAUCAGUCAUAGAAGGAAUGACUACGACCUCAAAUAUUAGCGAGAUGCAUCAUGAUGACUACUGGGGUGUUUGACAUAGCACGAAGGUACCUAUGCUGGACAGAUAUCCUGACAAGACACAGCACUAUCAUGCAUAGUAUAGUAUAGAUCCUGGUUCAUGGUCGUACUUUUUACUACAAAUGAAAUUUUCUCGCUUUCUGAUUGGUCGAAAAGCGUGAUAAAUAAGAAGAUAUACCAACAAAUUACGAAUCGCUCGCACACAGAGCCAGCGCGCGAUAGAAACCGUUUUGCUUUUAACUCUUUGCGUUUAUUUUAGUUUAAAAAAAACGAAUUUCCGAUGUUAUAGUCUCUUAUUUACCACGAUGUGAUGUAAACAGUUGGUCAAAAUGUUAUGUAAUUUGAGGCGCCGCUAAACCAUCGGAAAUUUAUUAAAUUUUGGUGAUUUUCAGUUUAGCUAUUGCUCUUUAAGAUACUGCAGCAAAAAAUUAAUUGUUAGAAGAUCCUYCUUUGAAUAGCCUGCGUGCAGCCGACCUAACUAACGCAGGCUGCCUUUGACAGGCGCCUUAAAGAUAGUAUCCAUUUGUCUUUCUGCGCCACUUUUCGUGAAUCUAUUUCAAAAAAACGUCUAAGAAAUGAUAUGAAACAGACUCCAUGUGCACUAGCAGUCCACAUAGCGUGGUCUUUUACAUUAGUUAACAUAAUAAACCAUCUGCAGAACAGUUUUCGUAUCACGUAUGACUUUCAAAAACUCCUGACACAAACGCGGUCUUGACGCGGCAAGGCAUACGCCAGACCAAUCAAAUUGCGCUAGRAAUUACUCUCAUCCAAUCAAAAGCCGGGGACACGGUCACGCCAAGGUCACGGUACUGCYAAACCAAUUACAUUUCGCAAAAAGAAAUCUGCUAAUCAAAAUUUUAGAAAACAUCACUGUCGCGGCAAGACACGCAUAUGGCACCGAGCUUUUCACAGUCAUACGAAAACUGCCCUAGACCUCUUUAGAUUGAGCGUAAAGUUUUAUCCAUUUCAGACCACGUGCCAUUCUCUUGAGAAUGAGAUACUUUGAGUUGUAUCCAUAUUUAUGCAUCUUCUCUUGCGCAAACAUUAAACAAAGAAAUAAAAUGAUCUAGGGAAUUAAACGUGUGGUCUGAAAUGGGAAAACAUUAGGUCUAUUACCACAUAGGCGAGCUAAACAAUAUACGUACGUGUUUAUCAGUAUUUAUGCAUCUUCAUAAAUCUAUGAAAAAACAUGUAMGACAAAAGAUAUCUAUACGGCAGACUCUAUAUGCACUAAUAGUGCGCACAGCAAGUCAAUAACGGAUAUUUACAACUAAGGGAGCAUUUAUUAUUUAGGAGGGGGUGGGCCGGAGGAAUUCCUAUCAACAGUAAUGUCAAAUCUUUAGACCCCGCCUUUUCUUCAGACUACAUAAAAAAGUGACCAUCCCCUUGAAAUUUGUUAAAUUCUUGUCCCUCCCCUUUAUGUAGUAUGAAAUAUUUGAUGACCCCCUUUUUGACUGAGUAGAAAUUUAAUGGCCCUUCCCUGGAUUUCUCCAACCCACCCUCUCCCAAAUAAUUAAUGCUCCCUAAUGACGUAUCUCAUAAAUCAGUUAAUAACACCGCUGAAGUGAUCUAUAAUUUGGAAUAAUCAAUCACGUCUCAGUGUGAACAGAUAAUCCAUGCUUCGUUUGGGUGCGCACUACAUCAAUAAAACUAACCAGAUACAGCCUUAUAAACCUAACACGUGUGUUCCUUUGAUGGGCAAAAGCACUAUUAGUAGUCUAUGGUCUUGUCACUCUUGCGGCCCUUGUUAGUGUCGUUAGGAGGUUAGGUGCGCACUACAUCAAUAAAACUUACCAGAUACCGCCUCAUGAACCAAUAACACAUUUGUGUUACCUUAAUGGUCAAAAGCACUAUUAGUAAUCUAUGGUCUUGUCACUCUUGCGGCCCUUGUUAGUGUCGUUAGGAGGUUAGGUGCGCACUACAUCAAUAAAACUUACCAUAGAUACCACCUUAUAAACCAGUAA